GAAACGCUUCAGAAGCAAGUGAGUCAGAAUCAGAGAAGGAUAACAGGGAGUUAACAGGUUUAAGGGAGGUAGAACCAAAAAGACUAUACAUUUCACGUAAAGAGACAAGAAAGGAAGGUUCAUGGGAAAUUUCAACAUCAGCAAAGAAAAUUAUUAAGAGUUGCAGGUUAGAUGCGUUUUUAUCAAGAAGAACAACAGAAAAGAACAAUAAGGAGUUUGAAUCAUAUCAAAAAGGUUUCUUGUCAGCAGAAAGACUGUUACUAGCAGCACUAGCUCUAUUGGACGCAGUUCAAGAGUCUGGAGUCCCAGAACAUUUUAUAAACAGUGAAUUAAGAUCAAAAUUAGUUAGUAGAAUAGAAGACUCUAUCUACUUACUACAACAUAAAGCAGAAGUAUCAGGGUUCAUAGAAGGCAAAACUUGGCAAAAUCAGCAAAUUGGAACAAAAAACUCAUCGAAGCUUGCAAGUCAAUUGAUGACAAAGAAGACACUGGCUGGUUAUUUGGGUCUGAAAUUAGAGAAGUCAUUUGUCAGAAAGCUAAAUUCACAAAAAACAAUAGUAGAUUGGCAGAAGGAAGAGGCAGAGGGUCACAUAAUAGGUUCACCUCGGCCUCGGGCACAUAUCAUGGAACAGUUAGAAGAUUCAGUCAAUUCAGAGGCACAAGAAGUCUCCCAAACUACAACACUACAAGAUCUAUACAGAACAGAGAGGAAUGAGGAAGAGAGAGAUCCAGAAAAUUCAACCAGGUCGAAGGCUUUCAGAAUUCUUAAAAAAUUGGCAAAGGUUAACAAAGGAUCAAUGGGUAAUAAGUAUAAUAAGAGAGAGUUUGGAUCUGGACCUAAAACACCAUCCAAGCAAGGUUCAUUACAAAAGAAAAGAGAGAAAGGAAGAUGA